AUGAACACGCGGCGGCCCUUCCCUCCAGGCUUGCCAACGGGGGCUCCGGCAGCGCUGCUGCCAGCUCUCCCUGCCCGACACCGCGCCUCCUGGCCACCAAAAUGGCAAUUUCCGCCCUUUGGGUCGCGCCAAUGCCGGCAUCCCUCCCGGGGCCCCAGAUUGCCUUCCGGCGUGGCCUGCGCCCAGACCGCGGAUCUGUCAACCUCUGGGAACUCCGCCUCCCCGGGUUCCAACUCCGUCCGGCCCAGGUCGCCGGCCAGAUUCCUCGCCAGGCUGACGCCGCCGCGAUGGGCCUUCCGCGCGGCGGCCGCCUGCAUCCUCGGCGGUCAGGCGCUGCUGAGGAUCGCGACGGGCAGGGUGCACGUGCGCAACACCCUGGAGCAGCUGGAGGCCGUGGGGCCGCGCUCCGUGGGCGUCUCCCUGCUCACCGCAGGCUUCAUUGGGAUGGUGUUUACGAUCCAGUUCGUGAGGGAAUUCACCAAAUUGGGGCUGACGAGAUCCGUUGGCGGCGUGCUGGCCCUGGCGCUGUCCAGGGAGCUCACGCCCGUGGUGACUUGUGUCAUCUUGGCGGGUAGGGUGGGCAGCGCGUUUGCCGCCGAGCUGGGAACCAUGCAGGUGUCGGAGCAGAUCGACUCACUCCGGGUGCUGGGCACGGACCCGGUGGACUACCUCGUGACUCCCCGCGUCCUGGCGUGCAUGAUCGCCGGCCCGCUGCUGACCGUCCUGUGCUUCUGCAUGGGGAUGGGCUGCUCGGUGCUGCUGGCGGAGGUCGUGUACAACGUGCCCGCGAACGUGAUCAUGGACUCCGCCGUGCGGGCCAUAACGGCGUGGGACCUCCUGUCCAGCCAGAUCAAGGCGCUGGUCUUCGGGGGGAUCAUCUCGGCCGUCAGCUGUUCGUGGGGGUUCACGACGUCCGGGGGCGCCAAGGGGGUUGGCGAGUCGACGACCAGCGCCGUGGUCAUAUCCCUGGUGGCAAUCUUCAUUGCGGACUUCUUUCUGUCGUUUGCCUUCUUUCAGGGCCAAGGCGACGCCCUGAGGCAGUGCGUGUGA